ACUGUUGAAAGAGGAAACAUAAGCAACUUGAAAAUCCCAGAAGCCAAUAACACAAUAACCAAUUUGUGAAUGCUAAUUGAUUUGAUUUUGUGGAGAGAGGUUUAAUCCAAAAUCGUGACCCAACCCCGAAAUCGAGUUCUUCAGGUAUAUAAAAAAAAAGCCAUGGCAACUGCAACAGUGGCUUAUGCAGCUGGUGCAGCUGCACUUCUAUAUUACACAAUGAACCGUAAAUUACAGUCAACUACAUCUCAAGAGGAUGAUGAUGAAAAUGAGAGUGGUGAUGUUCCCCGCCAUGCUCCUUUAGGAAUAGAACAUGUAUCAAAUAGACUUAUACGGGCCCCUGCAACAUGGUUAGAAACAAUCUCAACCUUAUCAGAGACUCUUAGGUUUACGUAUUCAGAGACUUUGGGCAAGUGGCCUAUUGGGGAUUUAGCGUUCGGAAUCAGCUUUCUUUUGAAGAGGCAGGGAAAUUUAAAUGUCAGCAGUGUAUAUGGUGGUAAAGACAGCAUACAGCUCAAAGCAGAAGAAAUAGUAGAUGAACUUAAACAUCUGUUACAAUUGUUGACCCUUUGUUGGCAUUUCUCCAAAAAGCCAUUUCCUUUGUUUUUAGAGGAGACUGGUUAUUCUGAAGAAAAUGUUCUCCUUCAAGAAGCCAAAGCAGGAAUAUUGAAACCGGCUUUUACAAUCUUAGUUGACCACCAUGCAAAAUGUUUCCUCUUGUUAAUUCGCGGAACACAUAGUAUUAAGGACACUCUAACAGCUGCUACUGGAGCUGUGGUACCUUUUCAUCAUACCGUGGUGCAUAAGGGAGGAGUCAGCGAUUUAGUAUUAGGUUAUGCACAUUGUGGAAUGGUUGCAGCUACUCGGUGGAUUGCAAAACUUGCCACUCCCUGUCUGGUCAAAGCUCUUGGCGAAUACCCAGGGUACAAAGUAAAGAUUGUUGGGCACUCUCUGGGUGGAGGCACUGCGGCACUUCUAACAUAUGUAUUGCGGGAGCAGAAGGAAUUAGCAGGAGCUACUUGUGUUACAUUUGCUCCAGCUGCUUGCAUGACAUGGGAGUUGGCUGAAUCAGGCAAUGGUUUUGUUACUUCUAUAAUAAAUGGAUCUGAUUUAGUGCCUACAUUUUCGGCUGCUUCAGUAGAUGACUUGCGUGCGGAGGUGACGGCGUCAGCUUGGUUGAAUGAUCUGAGGAAUCAGAUUGAGCGAACCAGAAUUCUUAGUACCGUUUACCGUUCUGCAUCAGCACUGGGGUCCCGACUUCCAUCCAUUGCCAGUGCUAGAGCCAAAGUAGCCGGAGCUGGGGCAAUUUUGCGCCCGGUUUCUAAUGGUACACAGGUUGUGAUGAAGAGGGCCCAAAGCAUGGUGCAAGCAGCAUGGACAGGUCCUGCCCUUCAAUUGUCCUCAUUGUCAUGCAUUGGUCCUCGUCGUCGAGCAACAGUUGCUUGUCCAAAAGCAACAGAAGAAGAACGCUCUCCAGGAUCUCUUGCCAGCAAAGGAGAAACAUCUGAGCCUUUUCUCAUGUCCCCCAAAACAACCAUGAGUACAACCACCAUUGAAACUGCUAAACUUCCCAUCUCUUGUGGAAGAAUGGAAUGGACGUCAGAAAUUGAGUAUGCCGAUGAAAUUGCUGAUUGUGCUGAUGGUAAUGAGGAUGUUGAGGAUGGGGAGGACCUCAUGGGUCAUAGUACGCUUGAAGAUCGUAUGAAUGAAGUUGAGUUGUGGCAACAACUUGAGCAUGAGCUUUACAAUGUCAAAGAAGGAGAAGAUGCAGACUUGGUGAAGGAAAUACGGGAAGAAGAAGCAGCAGCCAUGGAAGAGGUGGGUGCGAGUGAGGAAGAAAGGAGUGCUCCAGAGACAAAGGAGGUUCGCAGAUUUUUUCCCGCUGGUAAGAUAAUGCAUAUUGUCACCCUUGAUGCUGGUGAUGCGGAAAGUGAAGGUGAUACCCCUACUUCCAGUCACUCAGACAGUAGCCAGCCAAUGGAGUCUAAAGUUGGAAUAUUCCUUACUCCGCGGUCACUGUAUAGUAAAUUGAGGUUGUCGCAAAGCAUGGUAAGCGAUCAUUUCAUGCCUGUUUACAGAAGACAGAUUGAGAAGCUAAUUAAUGACCUUGAGCAGGAAGAGGCAUGUACUGCCAAACCUAGUGAAUAUGCAGGAGAGGUGGUGUUAUAGUGGAAGCUAUCGUUCAACUGAGAAUUUAUGAGUUCUGGACGACGUUUUCGGGUCUUUUUUGAUCUCUAGGAAUUUCUUUUUCUCGGCUGCCUAUUGAAUAGUGAAGAAUCCUUGAUUCCUUUUAUGGUUGCAAAGGAAAACCAGUGGUGGAAGCCACACCAUGGUUGUGUGGUGUCCAUUAUAUCUUGACUGAGUCCUCUGGGGAAUAUGUAGGAAGGUUACGCCUCAUAUUUUUGUGUUAGACGGUAUGAAUAGGACUGACACAUUGUAAAUAAGAUGUUGGGCAAAAGUUGAUUCAUGAUCCCUCCAUUUUAAUAAAUUGCUCCUUUCUUGCUCUGAGCAUUGUUUCCA